AUGGAUAGAGAGAUUAUUCGCCCAUGUGCAGCUUGCAAGCAUCUCCAUAGGAAGUGCCACCUUACCUGUGUCUUAGCUCCUUACUUUCCAAAGGACAACCCGGAGCGUUUCAUCAAGGUACACUCGGUGUUUGGAAUGAGAAAUGUGACUAAUCUGUUGAAAAAAUUGGAUGUUUCACAUCAUGAACAAGCUGUUGAAUCCUUGGUGUAUGAAGCUGAUGCCUGGUUGAGGGACCCUAUCCAUGGCUGUGCGGGUCCAGCAAAUGACCUUCAAGGUAGGUUGAAUGAAGCUCAAACGGAGCUCAAGAGUGUGAAGAACGAACUGGCCAAAUACCUCGGUCCUCAGGUCGUUGAAUCUGUUCUCGCCUUUCCUGAUUGUUUCGGCUUUAAGCCAAAUGCUUCUCCAUUGACUAUGACAGUUGGUGGAGGACAAUUGGGUUUUAAUCAGCUGCCAGCUGCUGAGUUAACGGCUCAGCAGCUUCACAACCUAGAAGUUCUAAAACAAAAGCUUCUUAGUGGCCCCGAUGGUGAUGAUGGGUUGGCAGGAUUCCAGAUGGGUGCUGAUGUUGAUGUUCCUGUUCGUGAUUCUGGGUUGGCAGGAUCCCAGAUGCUUCCUCAUGUUCCUCCUGUUGAUGCUCCUUCUAGGGCUGAUACUUUUGACAAUGGUAGCACUAGCACAAGCAACCAGGUUCGAUUGCCGGGUAGCCGCAACGUUUGA